AUGGCGUUACCGGCAUGUCCGAGACAUGUCACCCUACAGACCCCAGUCGAACAGACCACUCCGGCAAGCGGAGACCACGCCAUGGCUCCUCUGCUCCACUCCUUGCUCGACCGAAUGGACGAGAUGACCCGUCAAACUGACCGAAGGUUCGCCGAGCUCACGGCAGGGCGCAAAGCCCACACAAACCAGCCAGAGAAUCCUAGAUCCUUGGUUGAACGCGACCUCGAGGAAGCUCAUCGCUCAAAAGUGAUACUCUUGCAAAGAAACCUCUUCGGUGACUCCCCAACCGAGUCAGCCGGACCAAGUCGGAGGUCCGCCCAGUUGGCAAAUCGCUCGGCCAAAAUGCGCCCUCAGCAUUCUAGCCCGGGGGCGUUCCGACAGAUGGCCGCAGAGCGAGACCGCGACGCGGAGAUCGAGGCCAUCAAGGCAAAAAUUUGCGAGAUGAACUCCAAGGUCCAUCGAGCCACGAUAUCGGCCCCCGAAAUAGAUCGUGUCUUGCAGGAAACGCAAAACACACCGUUCACGCACCGAAUCGCCUCCACUCCUUUCCGCCACGUCAGCAAAGUGAAGUUCCCACCAUACGCCGGAGAUACCGAUCUCACACAGUAUCUAACGACAUUCACCAUCGCCAUGGGACGAGCUCACUUCACGCCCGAAGAGCGCGAGGCCGGACACUGCCAACUCUUUGUGGAAAACCUGGUCAGCCUGGCCCUGACUUGGUUCUCUAGGCUAGAAACACACUCGAUCGAUAGCUUCAAUGUGCUCUCAACCGCUUUCCUCAAACAUUAUUCUAUAUUUAUCCAGCGUUCUGCUUCAACCGCCGAUCUCUGGACCUUGAACCAGGGACCGAAAGAAUCUCUCCGGUCAUUCAUCGAGCGCUUCAAAGCGACGGCCUCCCGCGCCUCAAUAUCGAACGAGUCCGCCAUCCCAGCCCUGAGGAAAGCCCUCCACUUCGACUCAGUCUUCAAGGACGAACUAAAGCUUAAUGCGCCGCACACCCUGGAAGACGCAUUACACCGCGCCAGGUUACAUAUUGAAGUCGAGGAGGAGAGGGCAAGUCUUAGGAAGCUCGCUUCCCAGAAAAAUCCACCUCAGAAGGAAAAAGCUCAGGACGAGUACCAUGAAUCCCGCCAGCACUACGACGAGGAAUACCAGCGCAGGCAGGUCGCAACUUUUCUCAUCAGCGACGCGCCGACCUCAUGUCUUGUCGAAGAAGCUCCAGCCGUCUUCCACGUAGACAACCGACCUGGGAUGGUCGUGCCCAACUCAUCGCAGCAGUACUAUCAACAGCCUCUCCCAUCAAACAAAUAG